AUGGGAAAACAGAGAUUCUGGCUUCAGAACCGAACGCAACGGUCUUCAAUCGCGGUCCCCGCGGAGCCCCUCGCCGCUCAGUUCCUCUCCUCACACAGCUGGGCAGAAGAAAAGAAAAAAGCCAAGGCGGUAGAAGGGGCGCAGGGUCCCGCGGGGGUCCCCGAGCGGGGCCGGGACCCGGGGCGCCCGGAGGUUUCCGCUCAGCUCGCCGCGGCCCCCGGCGGCGGGAGGGGCGUCCCCCGCGCGCCCCCCGCGCGCCCCCCGCCGGCCUCCCGCUUCCCCCGCGCGCCGCCCGGCGUCUCCGUCUCCGCCCCCAGGACCUGCGGCCGCCAGCUCCGGAGCGCGGCUUCCCGGGCCGGCGGCGCGAUGGGCUGCGGGAACUCCACCGCCACCAGCGCGAGCGCGGGCCGAGGCCCUGCAGGAGCAGCUAAAGACGUAGCAGAAGAGUCGAUAAGCGAGGAUGACAAGAGGAGAAACUACGGAGGCGUCUAUGUUGGCCUACCAUCUGAAGCUGUCAAUAUGGUGUCCAAUCAGACAAAGACUGUACGAAAAAAUUAGAAGAACAUAACACGGCCCAAGAAUCAAGAGCUUGCUCAUCCAUUUGGAAGGAAUUUGGCUCUGACAUUGUGAUGUGUGCAGAUGUUUCCCAGGAAACUAUGGACUGUCUCCCUCAGUUCCCCUCCUGCCCCCCCUCGCCCCCCCCAACUCUUAGGUGCAUGGCUAGGAUGGCAGGUGCAGGCUGAGGGCUGUGGUAACAGCGAGGAAUUGAUUAGAUAGUACACCCGUUGAUGGAGCUCCCUGUGGCCCACCUGCGAGAAUCCCGGGAGGUGGCUGCGUGCCCCCGGGCCACCAUGCCCCGCCCACUGCAUGUCCCCCUCGGCCACCCAGCACAGUUCAUAGAACUCAUGUCUUUUCAGAUACUUUUUUGAUAGUUUUUUUAUAUAAUGAAAUCCUUAUUCUGUUUAUAACUUAAAAUAAUAAGCCACUAUAAAUGAAUUCCUUAAAGUAAUAUAUUUGUUCUCUUUCACUAUUUCUACUUCUCAUUACUUUUUAGCUAUAAAAUUGGUAAACUGAUUCUUAUUAAUCCCUCCCUCUUUUUUACUAUUUGGUUUUCAAAUUUUAUUUAAAUGUCAAAGAAAUUCCUUUAUUAGGAACAAUAUUUUACAUGGAAGUAGUCAAAGGAAAGCUACUUAAAUUCGCAUGCCGUGUGCACAUGUUGAUUAAAUGCCUGUUUUCUGUAGUCAGGCUGCUUCAUGGACGUCAGUCUCCCGUUCCACCUUGGUGUGACUGUGACAGCUUUCAAGGCCCUGUGGAUUGGUGAUCCGUGGGCUGUCUGGGAAGUCCUUAAUUUGAUAAUGUUGCGUGUAUCUACUCAGUACUGCAGUGUAAAUCGCUGUGUUCACCAGUGUAUUUCAACAAUUAAAACAUUUUUAGCCCUCUUUA